ACACAUUCCGAUUCACCAAUUCCUUCCAUACCCAUCUCCCAAAGGUUCCAAAAAAUAAUGGGUCACUCACGUUUUCUUGCUCUGCUUCUUGUUUCAUCCCUACUCUUUCUCUCUUUUGGUUAUGGAUUCGCCAGGGUGGCACUGACCGAUGAAGAGGAUGUAGAGACUACUUCUCUGGAUUUUCCCAUAAAAACAAUGUUUCCGGUAAAGUUUGAGACUAUGGAUUAUGCUGAUCCAGAGCCAAAUAUCAAUCCCAAAAACGGGUAUAUUUUUAGCCCUCCUUCACCCACACCUACUCCUCCUCCAAGUGCUUAAAUGGAAGAACAAGAUUAGAUUUUUACAGUGGUUUGUGUCUUUCUGGUUGGUUUUA